UAGAUGUUGCGGUCAACUCUUUUUCUUGAUCAAUACUUUGUUUCUUUUCUUUACAUCAGAAUUUUCAUGUCCUCAGACGACUUGUAAAAAUGAACGUAAACUUUGCCCCGAUUCCUUUCAGAGUGCUAAAAUGUUGCGGACUUUGGAGGCCGUUGUCCUGGACAUCGUGGAAAAAGAUGACUUACAGCGGCUUCAGUCUCGUUUCCUUGAUGAUUGUGAUUAUCACGGCACUGCUGGUUCUGAUCGCCGUGUGUCAGAUGUCGUUCAACGACGAUCUGUUUGCCGAGAACGUCUUUCUCAUGUUUGCCUUGAUCAACGCGACCUCCAAAGCUGCCAAUGUUCUUCUGUUUCGCGGUCGUUUCAUCGCUCUGCUGAAUAUGGUGGCAAGCGAGAGAUGGUCCAAGCUGCGGAGCGACGAAGAGCUCGAGAUUCGCGCCAAAUGCGAUAAGACGAUAAGGAAAAUUAGCGUUUACUUUACGACGGCUGUGUUCGUCGCGAUCCUGCUGCGUGUCAUCGCUCCUCUCGUUGAUCUUUUUGUCAAAGGAGAAAUUAGACUGCCGGUGAACGCUUAUUGUCCUUGCGACAUUCGAAAUCCGAGCUGCUAUUGGAUGCUCUACUGGCAGCAGGCCAUAGGUACUGGCAUAGCGACGCUCAUUCACGCCGCCAAAGACUGUCUGAUUUGCGCAUUUUUGCUGCAAACCUGCUCGUACCUGGAGAUUUUGAAACGGCGCAUCGUGGCUAUUCCUGGAAUCAUUGCUAGCGAGAGGAACUGUGGAAAUUCGGGCAAUAUUCAAGAGAUGGAAAAAAGAUUGAUAUCCGGAUGCGUCGAGGAUCACGACAACAUUUUUCUAUUUUCCAAAAUCUUGAAUUCGAGCCUUGAAGUGAUGUUGUUUGGUCAAAUAGCAGUUACGUUACCAAAUUUAUGCCUUAGCAUCUAUCUGCUAUCGACUCAAAACAUAGCGAGUAUGGACUUUGUUAUGACGAUUCAAUUUUUCUCAGCAGUCGUGAUCGAAUUAUUCUUUUUCUGCUGGUAUGGAAAUCAAGUUACUUUAAACAGUUUCGAUGUCGAGGCUGCCAUCUCGACCAUGGAUUGGACUUCCUUGACAGUUCAGUCGCAGAAGUUUUUACUGCAGAUGAUGGUACGAACGGCCAGGCCGAUUUUGUUUCGUGUUGGACCGAUCAUGGACAUGAACAUUGAUUCGUUCUUGAGUAUUAUGAAAACUUCUUAUUCUGCAUUUAGCGUGCUACAGUCUACAAAAGAGUAAAAUUAUUGAAUGCCAUUUUAUUAAUAUGAUGAAAUUUGAGAUUUAGUUACAUAUUUUUCUGUGCAGUUCUGCAAUAAAUUGCUCUAGUUGAUAAUAUACUGCAAAUGAUAUUUAUAAGAUAUUAAUGCCAGGGUAAACAUAAAAAUUAAUUAUGAUACAUAUUUUCGGAAAUUACUGAAAAAUAUUUUUAUAAUAAAUCACGCGAGUGCUUUUGUUGUUCUCUAGGCACUCAGGUAGAUUUUAAAAGUUGUAUCAACUGAAACUUUUAAGAAAAAGAUUGUAUAAUUUACGUUUUCACUCAGACUUGGAAUUCCUAAUAACUUUUUCUUACCUGAGAUCGUUUUACGCGUUUAUCAUACAGGGCGCGGUAACGAAUUCGCGCCUCGAAACCGUUGCGUAUGCAUAUAUAACAUACGAAGCGUGCCUAGGUGUGGCGGUCAGGCUACAGUCAGUUUUUGCAUCGCCGUAGCUGCGGCUGCUCUCGACGAUUCUUAAAAGCAUGACGGUCGCAAACGCGAGCGCACACACACAUACUUUCGGAGCGCGACUCUCGCAAUUUAUGCGCGAGACAUUAUUACAGUCGGACG